GGUCUUGCCUUUGUUUUUCCCACCACCAAAUGCAUCGUCCUCAGCGGCAGCAAUGGAUUGCCAAUGGCUGCGCUCCGAAAUGGCGCGCAAUGAUGCGACUCGCUGCUGCUGUUGCAGUGCUCGUUGUCGUCACGACGCUGUUCUGCGCUGGCGUGCGAAGGCGCAUCCCGUCGUAGCGCAACCGCCGCUACAGCUGCUGGAGCCAAGAACGAACACCAGCAGCAGCAGCAGCAGCAGGCGUGGAUGGAGAGUUUCCCGCCAAUGAGCGCGGACUUCCCGGCUGGACCAGCUCUGAGCGACGCUGAGGCUGCAUUCCUCCAAGUCCCCGAGGCAGAGCGAUGCAGGGCGCAUCUCAAGUACCUGACAUCGCUGCCGCACGUUGCAGGCACCCCCGGCGACUACGAGACGGCAGAGUACGUGCUCAACCAGUUCAAGUCGUUCGGAUUGGACGCGGUCAUCCAGAACGAGACCGUGCUGCUCACCGCGCCCGUCGAAGCUGCAUCGGCAAAGCUGUACAGUGCGGAUGGCACCACGCUCGUGUAUGCUGCGGCGCUGAGCGAAGAUCUGCUCGACCCGACCGCGGACACGCCCUACCGCAACCACUCCUUCCUGGGUUACUCGCCCACCGGGUCUGCAGCGGGUCCGCUCGUCUAUGUCAACUAUGGAUCCACGGAGGACUUUGAGUAUCUUGUUGCUCAGGGAGUCAACCUCACUGGCGCCAUCGCGAUCGCCCGCUACGGAUCCAUCUUCCGCGGCCUCAAGGCGCUCAACGCACAGACGCACGGCAUGGCGGGUCUGAUUAUCUACUCGGAUCCGAGUGACGACGGCUAUGCCCAGGGCCAGCUGUAUCCCAAUGGCCCCUGGCGCCCAGAGAGCGGCAUCCAGCGCGGAUCAGUCGUCUUCAACUCGCUCUGCGGAGGCGAUCCCGGUCGCGGCGUGGACAAGUGCGGCAUCCCCCUCGAAGACCUCAUCCCUUCCAUUCCCGUUCUGCCCAUGGGCUAUGGCGAUGCUGUGCAGUUCCUCUCGCACAUUGUCGGGGCUCCUGCUCCUGCUUCCUGGCAAGGCGCGCUGCCCUUCCAGUACAACAUUGGUCCCGGCGCCUUUGCCCGCAUCGCUACCAACAACACCCAAUAUACUACCGACAUUUGGAAUGUUGUUGCGUACAUUAACGGCACCGACCCUGUGGAAGGCGAGGACUAUGUGAUUCUCGGCAACCAUCGCGACGCCUGGGUCUACGGCGCCGUCGACCCCAACUCUGGCACUGCUGCGCUGCUUGAAAUCGCUCGUGCCUACGGCGUACUGCUGCAAGGCGGUUGGCAACCCAAGCGUGGUUUGGUUUUGACAUCGUGGGAUGGCGAAGAGUAUGGAUUGCUCGGAAGCACUGCUUUCGGUGAACGAUUCGCAGACGACCUCAUCCUGCAUGCCGUGGCAUACCUGAACAUUGACACGGCCGUCAUGGGUCCGCAGCUCUGGGUCACGCUCGUGCCGAGCCUGCUGACGCACUUCCGUCAAACAGCGGCACUCGUCAAGGACCCCGUCACCGGCAACCCUCUCAGCGUUGAAUGGGACGGCUCGUACGACAUCAUGGGUUCUGGCAGCGACUACACGGUGUUUUUGGACGCGCUGGGUGUGGCCUCGGGCGACUUGCUCUUUGGCGGCGCGUACGGUGUCUAUCACUCUGUUUUCGAUUCAUUCAACUGGAUGGAAACGCAAGGUGACCCAACGUUCCAGUACCACGAAGCCUGCGCCCAAAUCUUUGGCCUGGUUGGGCUGCGCCUCGCUGACGCUCGAAUUCUUCCAUUCAACUACACCGAGUACGCGUAUGCCAUCUCGACCUUUUACCUUCCCCAAGUGCAGCAACUGGCGACCGAUGCCAAGCUGCCCGUGGAUUUCACUGCGCUGACCAACGCUGCGCAGCAGUUCGCGAGUGGCGCCUCCAAGAUCAUGUCCCGGGUCGAGCAAGCCUACAACAAUCCCAAUUACAACGUUGUGGAUUUGAACUCGCGUUUGUUCCUUGCAGAGCGCCAAUUCACCGACCCGAAUGGCAUCAUCAACCGCAAGUGGUUCAAGCACACCGUAUUUGCGCCCGACCGUGAGAAUGGGUACGAUGCCAGCAGCUUCCCCGGGAUUGUCGAUAUGAUUCGCACUGGCAACGCGACACUUGCGCAACAAGCAAUCACCUCAGCUGCGACUGCUCUUUCGAAUGUGGGCACGUUCUUGAGCUAUUGACCGAUGUGAGCGGAAAGUUGAUUUGAUUUUGGACAAGUUGGUUUCAUCGCCGAUCUCGAGUUUGAAAUACACCCGCAUUCAUCAAAGUACC